CCGCUGCAGAGAUUGGCUUCUCACUGACCAAUGAGGAUGGCUGGAGAUUAGGGCAGCUCUCCUGACUGUGGAUAUAAACCAGGUGUCCAGGUGAAGCCUCUCAUCGACAGGAUCACACAGUAACCAUGAGGUCUCUGGUCUUCGUUCUGCUCAUUGGAGCUGCUUUUGCCACAGAGGACGACAAGAUCGUCGGAGGGUAUGAGUGCAAGCCCUACUCCCAGCCCCAUCAGGUGUCUCUGAACUCUGGCUACCACUUCUGUGGAGGCUCCCUGGUCAGCGAGAACUGGGUUGUGUCUGCUGCUCACUGCUACAAGUCCCGUGUGGAGGUGCGUCUGGGCGAGCACAACAUCAGGGUCACUGAGGGAACCGAGCAGUUCAUCAGCUCCUCCCGUGUCAUCCGCCACCCCAACUACAGCUCCUACAACAUCAACAAUGACAUCAUGCUGAUCAAGCUGAGCAAGCCCGCCACCCUCAACCAGUACGUGCAGCCCGUGGCUCUGCCCACCAGCUGUGCCCCCGCUGGCACCAUGUGCAAAGUCUCUGGCUGGGGCAACACCAUGAGCUCCACUGCUGACAGGAACAAGCUGCAGUGCCUGGACAUCCCCAUCCUGUCCGACAGGGACUGUGAUAACUCCUACCCUGGAAUGAUCACCCAGGCCAUGUUCUGCGCUGGAUACCUGGAGGGAGGCAAGGACUCUUGCCAGGGUGACUCUGGUGGCCCUGUUGUGUGCAAUGGUGAGCUGCAGGGUGUUGUGUCCUGGGGCUAUGGAUGUGCUGAGAAGGACCACCCUGGUGUCUAUGCCAAGGUCUGCAUCUUUAACGACUGGCUGGAGAGGACCAUGGCCAGCUACUAAGUGAUCCAAGGAAACAAGUUCAGUCAGGCAGCUCAACAUCAUUUGCUGUUUUUUCCCCCCAUCUUUUGAUCUGGACAAUAUGACAAAUAAACAAUUAAAACUGA